GUCUCAGCGUCCAAUAGGCUUUUGAUCUCUGAUCUUUGAACAUUUUUUUGCAUUAAUAUGGUGCGCACACCCACCCACAGCCACAACCCCCCCCCACACACACACACACACACACACAAACACAUCAACACAUAUAUACAAACACACCCACACAGACACACAUCCUGCCUGACUUGUCCAUGUUUACACCAAAACAUUAGAUUCACUAUAACAAGUAGGGCAGGUUUAAAGGAAGUGAAAUCCGGCAAAGAAUGAAAAAGAAAGAACGGCAUUCAUCGUUGCGACUAAAGAAGCAAAGAACUUCUACAUAUGUUGUUGACAAUUUGGUUUUAAUGAAUAAAGGAGGUCUGCGGUAACCUUUCUGAAGCAGGUCCAUUGAAACACACAGGCUUACACAACCAUCACACACCCGCCUGGGCGGAUCUGACGGUGCCCAGCCUCUGGGGUGGGGGCUUGAGGAUGGACGUCCAGGGGUCCCCCGGGAGGCCCCCGGUGGUGCAGGCCCAGCCUCAGAUGGACCUUGGGGGCCAAGGCCAGUGGAGCAGCGGCCUGUGUGACUGCUGGCAGGACAUGGGAGACUGCUGCUUGGCCCUGUGCUGUCUCCCUGUGUUCACCUGUAAGGUGACCAGUGCCGCGGGGGCGUGUCCCUUCCUUCCUCUGUUGGACUGCCUGGGCUGCGUCCCGCCCGCCUCGCUCGCCAUGCGGGCGUCCGUCCGCCAGCGAUACGGCAUAGAGGGCAGUGUGUGGAGCGACUGUUUCUAUGGAUGCUGCUGCUACCCGCUGUCUUGGCUGCAGAUCUCCCGUGAGCUCAAGAGACGAGCAGCGACCCACGCCCACCGGACUCUGUCCUCGUCCUCAGCCAGAUACAUUGCUCUGGCCUCCCAGCAGGGGGCACACUUGAUCUAGAAAUACAACGCUUUUUUAAAUAUCCUAUUUGUUUCCUUAUUUAGUGAGUUACUUGCCCUCAGAAAUUAUAUUUGUGGUAUAUUUUUGUCUGUGAAAUGUGUUACUUCAUUUUGUUUCUGUUUUCUUGUAUUGCUACUUGAAGUUUUGAAUGCUGUUAAUUUUUAAACAAAUGUAAAACUUGAAUGAAUCCUAAAUGAAUGAAUAUUAAUACAUUAACUAAAUAGUGUACUUAAAAAUGUGAAGUCGCUCCAAUAAUAUUGGACAAAUCUAUGCUAUCUUUACAUUGGGUCUUGCACAUUUAGACACUGCAGCCUCAAAACGUUUUCUGGAAAAAUGUCUACAAAUAGUGUAAAUCUACAUUGGUAGUAUAAUAUAAUAUAUAAUAAUUGUUCAGAAGCACUAGGUAUACUAAUGGCUCACAAUUCAGAUGCAUCACCCACAUGUAUACACAGGCCUACUACUAAAUACGAACACUUGGUGCUUGUUUCAUUUGUUUAAUCUGUAGGUAACUCAAGAGUUUUUCCAGAAAUAACAUAAUAGGCUAACCCAGAAAUUGCAUGUAAAAGACAGAAGUGUCACACUCUGAUACCUUUAACUCUAAAUCUUGGUUCUGAGUACUGGAGUAUUUGGUGGGUUUGUAGUUAGUUAUUUUGUUUUGUGCUUUCCUCUUUUGGGAAAGUGGUUCUUAGUACUUUGGCACGUCAAUAAACCUUUUUGCUAACCGUUA